CGCCCGGCUCGCUCGCGCCCGCCUCUCCGCAUCCCCCAUCCCGCACCGCCUGCAUCCUCUGCGGACCCUCGGUCCCUGCGCCCCAGGUCCCCGCAACUUUUCCCGCUCGCGCCCCGGGGUGAGGGCUGCUGUGCCCGGGCGGGGUCCCCCUGGGGGUCCUGGGGGAAGAUCCCCGAGGGGGUGGCGGGGUUCCUGAGACCCCUGCCGUCGGGGCCCGACCCUGUCCUCGACCAUGACCGAGAUGAGCGAGGAGAACAAGCCCGAGGACGCGGCCGCCCGCAGCCCCCCGGGGACUGGGUCCGCGCCCCAGGAAACCAAGCUGCAGCGGUUCAGGCGCUCGCUGUCCCUCAAGAGCAUCCUGAGGAGCAAGAGCAUGGAGAACUUCUUCCUGCGCCCCAGCCCGGAGCUCAAGGGCCCCGCCCAGGUGCUGCUCACGCCCCCCUCCCCUCUGCCCCCGCCCUCCCCGCCGCCUGCGUCCACCCCGGCGCCCUCCCCCGGCCCGGCGCCGCGCCCCCUGGCGCCGCUCAAGCCCGCCAGGCCGCACUGCUUCCAGGAGCACGUCUUCAAGCGCGCCAGCCCCUGCCAGCUGUGCCACCAGCUCAUCGUGGGAAACUCCAAGCAGGGCUUGCGCUGUAAGAGCUGCAAGGCCAGCGUCCACCUCUGGUGCUCCGAGGGGGUCUCCCGCCAGCAGUGCCCCGGCAAGACGUCUGCCUCCUUCCGCCGCAACUUCAGCUCCCCGCUCCUGGUGCACGAGCCGCCACCAGCCUGUGCCGCGAGCAGAGAGUCCCCACCCACCGGGCUCGGUGGGAAGGUGGACCCGGUGUACGAGACCCUGCGCUACGGCACGUCCCUGGCGCUGAUGAAUCGCUCCAGCUUCAGCAGCACGUCCGAGUCCCCCACGAGGAGCCUGAGCGAGCGGGAGGAGCUGACGGAGGAUGGGGAGGGCAGCAUCCGAAGCUCCGAGGAGGGGCCCAGCGACAGCGUGUUCACAGCCCUGGCGGAGAGCGAAGAGUCAAGAGCAGAAGAGCGGAGUCCUGGACAGCAGCCCCCCAGGGUGCCCCUGCGGAAGGAGGUGGGGCCUAUGUACUCCUACGUCGCACUCUACAAGUUCCUGCCCCAGGAGAGCAAUGACCUGGCCCUGCAGCCGGGUGACAGGAUCCUGCUGGUGGAUGACUCCAAUGAGGACUGGUGGAAGGGCAAGAUUGGCGACCGUGUGGGCUUCUUCCCCGCCAACUUUGUGCAGCGGGUGAGGCCUAGUGAGAACGUGUGGCGCUGCUGCCAGCCCUUCUCUGGGAACAAGGAGCAGGGUUACCUGAGCCUCAAGGAGAACCAGAUCUGUGUCGGAGUGGGGAGAGCCAGAGAUGGUGAUGGCUUUGUCCGAGUCAGCAGCGGCAAGAAGCGGGGCCUGGUGCCAGCUGAUGCCCUGAGCGAGAUCUGACGGUGCCCGGAGAAUGGAGAGAGCCUCUGCAUCUGGCUGGGAGGGGCAGGGCACCCUGGCACCCUGCCUCCUGUCUGUCUCCCGGGCCUCUCAGCCCUGGGAAGGUUUUAUUUCUUGGGUGGGGUGCCCUACUGGGUUGAUUCCCUGGGACUGGAAGUGGGGAGCUGCAAGUAGGUUCCCCACGGUGCCCAGGUACCCCGAAUCUGGCCACUGCUCUGAGUCUCCCCCUGGGGGGCCCCUGGGAUCCUGACUCCUCACCUGCCCACAUGGCCUCUGCAUGCCUGAUCCCUCGCCUUUGGAGCCUUUGCUUGGGUCUGUGUACACCUGCCCCUUUGCAAGCAGAGCGCUGGGGGGCUUCCUGCACCCCUCAGCCCUUCACCCCAGCUGGGAGGGGACCCAGCACCAUGCCAGAGCCUCGAGUCUGGCUCUUGGUCUCCUUGUCUCUGUCACUCCCUCACUUCUCAGGAAAGUUCUGCAGGAAUCUCUCCCAUUACUUGAAACCUGGGCUAGAGUAGGGGAGGGCUGAGGUCUCAGCAGAUGUGACAAAUGGAGACUGUCCUUUCAAGGUGGCCCAGUCACCAAAGAGCAGCCUGGGCCCAGAAGCCCACUGAGAACCAGACCCUGGCCCAUGCUUGGUCGGAACCACCCCAUGUCCCUGUGGGGUCACCCUGACAACAGCCAGGAUCGUGUCCCUUGUCCCUCUCCCUAGCUCUGCAGGCCCCCGGGGUGAUAUCCAGGGAGUCCCUCUCUGCCCAGUCUGCCCCCUGUCCUGGACACAGCCCGGGGAGGAACAGAGGGGAGCAGGCCCUGGGGGCACAUACCACAGGACCUCUCCCUUCCAGGCUGCUGUUUUCUGUUUGUUUGUUUGUUUUGGGUUUUUUUGGGGAUCGAACUCGGGUCCUUGCGCUUGUGCAGCAGGCGGCGAAACCACUGAGCUAAAUCCCCGGCCCAAGGCUGCUGUUUUCUGGUGCCAGCUUCCUCCCCCAAGCUCAGAGCCCCCUCUUGUGCCCUUGGGCGUGCCAGCCAAUGCCACCCCUUUCCAGGCACAGUCAAACCCUCUGAGGUGAGAGGCACACAGGUCUCCUCCCCCACGGACACCCCCCCCCCGCGCAGAGGGGGCUCAAGCCACACUGCCCUGUUUGCUGCCAGGAGGCCCCCAGCGACACCCCCAGGGCAGCCAAUGCCCACUGUACACCAGGCUGCAUGGCAGGUCUGCCGGGCACUGUGGAGCCCCGGACCCUAAUUAAACGCGUCUUGUCCCAGC